CCUGUUUCUUCCUCUCGUGGGCUUUGAGGUGCAUCUGUUAAGAGUGCUCAGGAGCCCGCUAUAGCCAGCGGCUGAUUUGGCUCUGAUCGGCUGGAUUUGGGCAUCAUGACUCAGCAGGCGCUGCUGGCCUUGCUGCUCACACUGGCCAGAGUCCUGCCUGGCCCCCUGGAUGCCCAAGAGGUGCAACCGUCUCCCCCAGUUGUGGUCGCCUCUGAGGGGGAGUCCAUCAACAUCACCUGCUCUACAAGCCUGGACUUGGAAGGGAUCUACCUGAAACAGACCUGGCCACGGGCUUUUGAUGUGAUUUACUUUGAAGACGGGGAGGAGCCCACAGUGGAUAAGCACUUCUGGGGCCGAAUUGCCUUCUCCGGCUCGCAGAGGAACCUGACCAUCACCAUGCGCCUCCUCCAGCUGGAUGACGCUGGGGUCUACACCUGCUGGGCCGUUACCAGAGUCCCAGUCUGCAGCUCAUUCACCACCGUCGUGGUGAAAGAAAAACUGAUCCAAGAAGCAUACAGAUCAUCCCAGGGACCUAGGCUGACAUCAGUUUCCCUCCCAGUGGCCCUUGCUGCCGGCUUCUUCCUCGCUGGGCUGGUCCUCGGGGCCGUGUGCGUGCUAAGGAAGUCACAGAUCAAGAAACUGUGUGCCUCACGGGAUAAGGACUCACGGUGCGUGGUGUACGAGGACAUGUCCUGUAACUACCGCAAGGCCACAUGCACCUCCAACACGUACCAGUGA